GACGCCACAAACUGUCAGCUGUUUUUUUGUUUUGCUUCAUUUUGAUUAUUAUGAUAACUGGUUAGCUUAACUAGUUAGCAGCUAGCGUCCCGAGAAAACGCAGUAAGAUUUAAAAUAACAUAUGCUUUGCUCAGUCCGUAAAGGUCUGACAAAGAAACAAACGCAAUAGUCGUAUUCAAAACAAUAAAAUUGGCCGCAUCUCCCUUACGGCUCACUAUUGGCUUUGCAGCACGUAAUCGAACCGAUCCCAGGCCUCCAAACCGGGGAGGAGGUUGGGGAGGUAUCUGGGGAUCGGGAUGGAGACCAGGGAAGGGGCCGAAGCCCCCGACGGGCCAGAAGGAUUGAUUUGCGCCUCUUUCAACCAAGACACUACGUCAUUGGCUGUCGGGACCAAAACUGGGUACCGGCUUUUCUCUGUGACCUUGGUGGACAGACUGGACUGCAUUCAUGAAAGUGCAGAAACCCCGGAUGUGUACAUCGUGGAGCGCCUGUUCUCCAGCAGCUUGGUGGUGGUGGUCAGCCUGGCCAUGCCACGCCGUAUGAACGUCUACCAUUUCAAGAAGGGCACAGAGAUAUGCAACUACAGCUACUCCAACAACAUCCUGGCUGUCCGUCUCAACCGCCAGAGGCUGAUCGUGUGUCUAGAGGAGUCCAUCUACAUCCACAACAUCAAGGACAUGAAGCUUCUGAAGACUCUGCUCAACACACCAUCCAAUCCGACAGGUCUUUGCGCCCUCUCCACUAACCAUUCCAACUCGUACCUGGCAUACCCAGGCAGCGCCACCAUCGGAGAGAUCAUUGUCUACGAUGCCAACAACCUGAGCACGGUCACCAUGAUUCCUGCCCACGACAGCCCCCUGGCUGCCAUCACUUUCAACGCCUCGGGCACCAAGCUGGCCAGCGCCUCAGAGAGGGGCACUGUGAUCAGAGUGUUCUCCGUCCCAGAGGGACUGCGCCUGUUCGAGUUCCGCCGCGGCAUGAAGAGGUACGUCAACAUCAGCUCUCUGUCCUUCAGUGCUGAUGCCCAGUUCCUCUGUGCUUCCAGUAACACAGAGACGGUGCAUAUCUUCAAACUGGAACAGCACAGCCCCAGUCGAGAGGAGGAGUCUCCCACCUGGUCUGCGUAUGUUGGGAAGAUGUUCUCUGCCGCCAGCAACUACCUCCCUGCACAGGUGUCUGGCAUGAUGAACCAGGACCGCGCCUUUGCCACUGUGCGCCUCAACAUCUUCGGUUUGAAGAACAUCUGUGCCCUGGCCACCAUCCAGAAGCUGCCACGUCUUCUGGUGGCCUCCUCUGACGGACACCUCUAUAUCUACAAUGUGGACCCCCAGGAUGGGGGGGAGUGUGUCUUGGUCAAGAAACACAGGCUGUUUGACUCAGAGGAGCAGGGGGAGUCUGAGGAGGAGUUAGAGGGUCGGGGGUCGCUGCCAGCCAAUCAGUCAUAUGCCGCCACCGUUGCUAUCCCCACUGCCACGCCCUCUUCUGCAGCUCUCACAGGCUACUCAGAGGACGGUGGCGCGAAGAAGGGCGAAGUGAUCCCGGAACACGAGUUUGCAGCAGGUCCUGUGUGUCUGGAUGAUGAGAAUGAGUUUCCCCCUGUUAGCGUUCAGGAUAACUAACCCCAUAUGGCUCCACUGGCCAGCCCACUGCUACUCCCAGAGAGCCCAUAAUGCCCUGGAGCGUGGCCAGUUUCAAGCCAGGGGGCACAAUUAACUCCAUUACUCAGCUAGAACCCCACUACCCAGUCAAGCCCAAGGUUUAGAAUAAAUAGAAAUCUUGUGUUGCACCUUGAUACUCUGUUGUGAAUUGCACAACAGACAAGCAUUUCAAGAAAUCUUGUUUUUAUCCGACAGAGAUCUCCCACAUUGUAGAUGUUCCAU